CCUCGCCUAUAAAUAGGGCGCUCCUAUUUUGAAGCUUUCAUCCAACUCGAUAUAGUCUUUUGCACGUCGCGUCGAGUCUUAUUCCAUCCUGCUCGGCGAAAUCCCAUCUGCAUCGUGCGAACAUCGAUUGCGUCGACGUCAGGUUUCACCCAUGGCGGAAAGUGAUCUCAAGACGCAGCGCGAGAUGUCCAAGGAAGAGGAGCAGAGGCUGAAGUACCUGGAGUUUGUGCAAGUAGCUGCAGUUCACGCUGCGCUGUGCUUCUUGAAUGUCUACGCUUAUGCCAAGGAGCGGUCGGGUCCAUUGAAGCCUGGUGUGGAGACCGUUGAGGGAACGGUCAAGACUGUGGUCGGACCCGUUUACGAUAAGUUCCAUGAUGUCCCGAUCGAGGUCCUCAAAUUUGUUGACCGCAAGAUUGAUGAGUCAGUGAUCAAGAUCGACAGCCGUGUACCACCCGUUGUCAAACAAGUUUCCUCCCAGGCCAUGUCGGCGGCUCAGCAGGCUCCUGGGGCAGCUCAAGCCAUGGCUCAUGAAGUCAAACGGGCUGGCGUGGUCGACACCGCCUCGGGAAUCGCAAAGUCUGUGUACACCAAGUGUGAACCCACCGCUAAGGAUCUGUACUCUAAGUACGAGCCGAAGGUGGAGAAGUGCGCCGUGUCGGCCUGGCGCAAGCUUAACCAGCUCCCUCUCUUCCCUCACGUAGCUCAAGUCGUCGUGCCGACCGCGGCCUACUGUACCGAGAAGUACAACGAGACGGUGCGCAACACAGCAGAGAAAGGGUACAAGGUCUCCAGCUAUCUUCCCAUUGUCCCCACCGAGAGGAUCGCGAAGGUGUUCAUGGGAGGCGCUCCGGAAACAGAGCCGCUGCUCUCUGCUGGCGGCGAAGCCGGGGUCGCCGCGCAUUGAUUUGCGUACAAAACAUUGCUGAUAUUAUCUCUGACGGCGUUCGAUGAAAAUGCCGAUGGUGUCUGUGGACCUUUGGUUGGUAUUGUAAUAGCGGAUAUCUUGUAACUGUCUCAUCUAAGUUUUUCGGUUCUUGUCGCGAAAGUUGGGCUUGUUUGUUUUGUUGGGCAACUGGGUUGUUUGACAUAUGCCUUUUGUAUAUA